AUGGCAAAUAAUCAAAGUAAUUACGAAGCAAGUGGUAAUAAAUCAACUGGAAGACAAGCAUGGGGAUCGCCUACUAUAGAACCAUCAUCAUACAUACCCGAUCAUCCAUAUAGUCACGAGAAUCGUACAGGUGUUGGCCUCAGCAAGACCGCUAUCAAUCAUUGUCAAUCUCGUUCUCAGAAUGAUCCGAUGAGACUAACUGAAGACAACGCUUAUCAUUUUAAGACUAUGGUAAGCACGACACAGCCAACUAGUGAACGCUCUUUUCUUGGAACAGAUACUCAACCAGAUGGUGUUACACGUAUACAUACUGGCAAUGUUAAUGGUCAACUCGGCGGUGCGUAUGUUAGUGAUCGAGGAAUAGGUCUACGCAUUAAUACUACUUAUACACCAGAUGAUGGCAAAGGAUUUAAAAAACCUAAAUAA